AUGAAGAAGGAUAUAUUCGAUGAUUCUUUUGAUAUCAUUUCUGAAUCGAUAAGGGAAAGGAUAUUUAAUAUUCAAUCAAAUUCUAAACUAAAAAUGGCUCUAAAAACGCUGGAAAAAUUCAUGUUAGGUAAUGAUAACGAUUCACAAAAUAGUGAAAUUAAUAAGUGGGAUUCCAGUGAAAAUCACUUUAUAAUCGAUGAUUUUAAUAGUGAAUUAAAUGUUUCGGGGAAUAAAGAUGAAAAUUGGUCCGGGUCUUCUAGUUUUUAUAAAACCAACGAUAACUCAACUUUAGAGUUUAGGAAGGCACUUAAAAAUUUAAUAGUUUUAUAUGAUAAUGUCAAACAAUACUCAGAUGUUUCGAAAAUAUUAAGGCCGCCUCCGGUUCCAGUAACCGAAUUGUUUAGGAAGCACAACCCCGAAGCCUCGAACAUUUUUGACUUUCAUAACACUAAUUAUGAAAAUCAAGUAAAUUUAAAUGAAUCGAAAUCAUUCUCGAACGAUAUGGAUAAGAUGGUAAGGGAGGCCAUACACACUUGCCUCAUUCAACCCAACCAUCUUAAAGAAGCUUUUAACGAUACAAGUUUAGCUGAUGAUUGUACAUUAAAUUCAUUGAAAAUUUCGGAUUCUGGCGUGGAUUCGAAUUAUGAAAUGCUAAGAGUUUUAUUUGGCUGGUAUUUUUCGGGUUACUAUACAGCCAGGAUGGAACUUCUGACUCAAUCUGAUUAA